CUCACUUGUUCUUAGUCCUCGCAGCUUACCGCAACAGUUCUCUCCGACUAGCAUUUCAGUUGAUCUCCGUCUUGGCGUGGCGAGAGAGGUUGUUACUUGAGUCUAAGCAACCAGACGCACUUCCACUUCGAAUUUCAUCAUCUAUAUUCUCCCCCGCGAUGGCAGACUCGUUCUCUACGCCCUGGAUCAAGGUUUCUGAACCCCAUCCCCACGUAUACCUCAUUGAAUUGCAGAGGAAACCCGCCAAUGCCUUCUCGGAGGAGUUCUGGGUAUCCUACGGGAAGGUCUUCGACGAUCUGCGCACUUCGCCAAAAGCAGACGUGCGAUGUGCCAUCCUCUCCUCGGGGCUAGACAGGAUAUUCACCGCUGGCCUCGACAUCAAAUCCGCGGGCAACAUCCUCGCCACCGACGGCCACGCUGACCCCGCUCGCGCCGCCCAUUACCUACACGACCACAUCCGCGCCUUCCAGGCCGCCAUCCGGGCCCCAGAGCGCUGCCACUUCCCGGUCAUCGCCGCCAUGCACGGCCACGUCAUCGGCCUCGGCGUCGACAUGUCCUCAAUGUGCGAUGUGCGAUACGCGGCGGCGGAUGCGCGCUUGAGCAUCAAGGAAGUCGAUAUAGGGCUCGCCGCGGAUAUUGGGACCCUUGCGUAUUUGCCAAAGAUCGCGGGUAAUCAAUCCCUUGCGCGCGAGCUCGCCUUCAGCGGUCGGACGUUUUCUGCGCAGGAAGCCCAGCAGCUCAAUUUUGUGUCGCGCAUCGUACCCGGCAGUCGAGCCGAGGUGAUAAUUGCUGCGCUUGAUUUAGCGAAGGCGAUAGCUGCCAAAUCGCCCAUCGCGGUGGCCGGCACAAAGCGCCUGCUCAACCACGCUCGCGACAAUUCCGUCGACGCCAGCCUGGAUUACACGGUCAUCUGGAACAGCGCGAUGCUGCAGACCAAAGAUAUCCCGGACAGCCUGACGGCCAGGCAGGAGAAGCGCGCGCCACAAUUUGCGCCGCUGAACAAGGCGAAGAUGUAGAACAAUAAAGUCGUCCGUAACCUAUGUCGAUAUGUCACGGCGCUCGAUUUGAAUACCUAUGGGCUCGCA